AUGCUGCGGCCUGGCGGCGACGGACAGUUUGCUUUCCUUCCGGGGUCGGCGUAUCCGGGGCGCCCCCCAAGCGCUGGCGCCGCCCCACAUGAGGGGAGGACAAAGGUGCUGGCCCAUAACCCGUUCUCCACCAUGGGGAGCUGCAGCAGUAGCGCUAGUGAGCAUGGCACGCCUAGCCGGAGCGGUUCCGCGGCGCCCUACCAACGCCCCCCCGUGCCAUUUGGGGCGGCAGCUUCGCUUCACACGAAUGCCCCGCCGGCUCCCAGUGCCGUGGCCGCGGCAUCGCAGGAGAAGCAGCCGCUCGCACACACACCGCAUCUAACAGCACCGUCACAGCAGCAGCAGCAGCAACGGCAAGAAGAAUCGUAUCAGCGUCACCAGCAGCCGAGUUUGUCCUCAGCGGAAAGGCUCUACAGGUUCCCGCAAAGAGUAGCGGAAAACGCCGCUGCGGCAUCACCGUUUACGACUGCCCAGGGAGCAGCGCCGCCGGCCGUUGCGGAGGCCGCGGGGGCCUAUCUAACUCCGUCGGCGAAAGUGCUGCGCGGCGCCUCGCUGAAUAGUCUCAGUUCGGCGGCCUCCGGCUUGGACAGGGCUUCAGCUGAGCCCAGUGCGAAGAGGUCAUCGUACUUGAGAAAUUUGCUUAAAAAGGAACCGCCGGACUUUUUGAAGCCGUCUCCGGGGGGCCCCGUGCGGCGACGGUCGUCGGCUGGGCCAGGGCGUACGCCCAGCCCGUUGGACGGGCGGCUGUCAAGGCUGCAGGCCAACGGCAGCUCGCAGGUGGCCCAAGGAUCCCGCUCAGGCAGCACCGGAACUAACGUUGCAGGCGAGCCCCAGCAUAUGCGAAAACAGCCCUUGCACGAUCCCGCUUCUGCGCCUCGUCCGCCGACGCCGAAUGGAGGUAAGCAGGCCUCUUCCCCAUUCACCAGGGCCUCCAUGCCGGUGCAACGACUCAACUCUAGCAACUACGACAACGCCGACGCCAACGCCAACGCCAACAGCUCCUCUGUGUCUAUUCCCGCAGGGACCCAGGCCGGACUCCCACGGGUUCUCUCGACGGUAGCAGCGCAGGGGCCGCAGUUUUUCUCGAGAAGUGUUGGGGGCUCCAACACGCAGUUUCCCUCUGGUUCAUCUGGGGCAAAUGCCACGGAGAAGUCCCUUCAUGGCGGUGGCGUGGAGGAGCAGAAGCUUUUAUUCCAUAGCGUGAGGCCGCAAGACGUAGACGCCUGUGAAGGAUCGGCGGUGGGCUCUGAGGUGAAGCCACACCUCGCUGUGAAGGAAGGGGAUACCUCACCUUUUGCACAGGAUUCACGCUCAGUAACCAGCGAGGCGUCAAGUGCGGCUAGUGGACUGGACGGUGUUGCAUCGCCCGCCUUGCCGCGAAAGAAGACGGCGCUACCAGACGAGGUGCCCAAACUCAACUUGCUUCCCAACAACACCGGCGUGGUGGCUGGAGAUCUGCCGCCGCCGCCGCCGCCGCCAAGGCCGAAUUCAAGAGCUGGCGAUUUUGCCGCUCCGUUCCUGCCCACCUCGGCGGACGGGUCGGGACAACGUCAGGAGCUAAAUACGCCGCGGAAUGGCGGGAUGGGGCUACAGAUGCAGAGCAAUCCAUGCCAGGCAACGCCAGGAAAGGAGACGGCGGAGGUUUCACCCGCACCCCUCCGUCCUUCCCGUCAGGCGUCAGAGGAGGUGUUUUUCGGGGCCGCUGCAACCGCCCCAGGGGCGAGUGAAACCACCCGCGCUGGAGGCCCUGCGCCUCGUGGCGGCGGCGACGUUGAUGAACCUUCGCUGAAAACCCAACAACCCACUUUGGCUUUUCGCGAUUUACCUACCACCAUGGUGAGGCUUGGUGCUGCCGAACUUCGUCCAGCUGCGGCGAAGGCGGAGGCAGCGAGGUUUGAGCCGCAGCAGAGCACAAAGAUCACGUCGGAAGGGCCCCCUGCCGUGGCGAGUGUGCCACCGCCACCAGCACCGCCUCGGGCAACAUGUUCGACAUUGGCGUCACUAGAGCGGUCAGAUGUUUUUGGCGAGAGGGCGGAGGCUUCGCCUGACGUCCACGAGCCGCCUCUCCCGGCACAAAAACGUCCACCGCAUCAACGGUCCAGCAGAAAACCAUGCCUUGCCUUAUUUACUUCGACUGGGCUUGUGGUUACGGUCUCCAAUGCGGCUCGUCCUGGCGGUUUGGCAGUUGUGAAGUCAGAGCGCCUGGUAAAUGUGCUUUUCGGACGUGCGCAGAAUGUGAAGUGCUCCAAAGUUGGGGAGGAGCACGGAAGGACGUUGCAGCUGUUGGCUGAUUCUUCUUCUGCCUUGGUGUCUGGCGCGAGUAAUGGCGUGCCACUGACGACGCUUCGGGACGUAGUGGCGAAAAUGACGGGUAUCGCGCCGCUGUUUCGGGAGGUUCUGCUUUUUAUGUUGCGUGACCCACAGCCUGAUUGGCGCACAGAAGGGCAAAAGUAUCUGAUUAAACUACUCGCCAAGGAGGCGGCGCGGGUGCCGAUUGCGGACGAAUCCUGCCCGAAUUAUCCGUUAAAUGCGGAGGCCCCACAAAAUUCAGCCGAGGAUUCAGCGAGGGGGCUGCAAAAAAUGCAGCAGUUGCUGUGCGCAGGAGAGCGUGAGGCUGCGGUGGGGGUUGCGCUAGAGCACCACCUCUACGCACACGCCAUCAUCGUUGCAAUGAUGUGCCCCAAGAAGGAGGACUACAUGGGUGUUAUUCGUGCUUUGGUGCAGCAGGAGCUGGACCCCUUCUCUCCCCUGGCGCACGCCUACUGCAUGUUUAAUGAACUGCCUCUCCCGCCAUUUGCGCCGGCGCCGGCGCCGCCGCCCUCGCUGUCCGUGCCCGUGGCCCCCGCGUGUGAUGCAAAUGCUCGAAUUCGUUCCUCAUGGUUGCAACAUGCAGCAGUUUUGGUGUCCAACUUCACAAAGGAGAGCGCGGAGGGGCUGGUGCAGCUCGGAGAUUCUUUGGUGAAUGCGGGGAUGAUUGAUGCGGCGCACUGCUGCUUCUUGCUGGCCCACCUGAGUCCUAUGGGAACCCCGCCGCCCGGCCGUCCGCUCCAACCCAAGCAGCAGCACCUCAUGGAACUGCUGCGGACACGCUUGGGCGUCCUUGGCGGGCGCUAUCAUCCCCAGUGCUCUCGUAGUGCGUUUGUGUCGCCAAAGUCGACGCUGCUGACGGACGUUCUCCAGUUAUUUCGCUCCCACCUGGAGAGCCGCGGCUUGGCGGCCACGGAGGACGGCGGCAAACGCUCUCCGCAGCACGGAAUUCCAGUCUGCCCGGAGCGGUACAGAGCGGCCUUUCACUACAUGCAGGUGUUGUGGCUGCAUGAGGUGGGCCUGGGUGAGGAGGCCUCGCGGCUCAUGCGUGAGCUUAGUCGGGUUGUGCCACCAGAGUCGAAAAGCGGCUCAGCGUUUACGUUGAACCGCCUCAUUUCUGGUGGGGUUGUGCCACCUGCUGCUUCUGCUGCUGCUGGAGCGGAGCAGCUGGCGCCAGCCGCAGGGAGACAAGCGGCAGGGCAGCCGAUGCGCGAGGGGCGCGUCUCGCUGCCGGUGUCGAUGACGCUGCCGGCUGCGAAGGGGCCGGUGGGUCCACUGCCCGAUCGCCGGCCGACGUCCGCGCCACCGCCACCGCCACCGCCACAGCAGCAGAAACAACAGGCACCACCACAACCACCGUCGGCGCCCUCGCUGCAGCCGCAGAAGCAGACGUUGCCGCCGUCGCCUGCACCACCGGCUCUAAAGCCGGGUGCGCCCCCGAUCCCAGGAGCGCCAAAGUUUCCUCCUCAGAGAGCGGCAAGCGCGGGGCCCGUCGUAAAAGGGCCCCCACCUCCUUUUUCAGCACAUCCAGAGACGCCAACAGCAACAACAGCAACAAAUGCCGUGCCGCCUGUAAUGACUCCGGCGGAGGCACUUUCGGGUGAGAAGAAACACGCUGCGGCAGAUGCGAAGGAUGCCGAGGCGGAAUUGGCGGCAUCCGGGAGUUCGCAGCAACAACCAAAGCCACAGUCGCGAGGGCGCCCAGCCGAAGUGAAGGGGGGCGGAGGGAAACCGUCACAGCGUUCUAGUUCGUUGGAGGCCAUCACCAAUUUCCUCUUCCGCCGCGGGCGAAGUCAGGAGGCAAAGAAGGAGGAGGCGAAGAAGAUGAUCAUUGACACGGCGAAGCCCCCCAAGUUUGACCCCGUGACUGGGCGUUAUCUUUUUGAGGAGACUGAGGAGGAGAAGAAGGUGGCGGAGAUGGUCAAGGCGGGGCCGCCCAAGCCGUCGUCGAUGGCGGCAAAGUCUCCCGCCGUGGGAGGGGCGCCGCCGUCAAUGUUGCGCCCGCCCACCGGACCGGCGGGCACGCCGCGCGGCGGGCCCGGGACGCUUUCACGGGCGCAGUAUGUAGACAUGUUCAACGCCGCAUAA